AUGGGAUCCGUAGAUGAGGUUUUGAAGCUCCUUAACAAGCAAGCCCUGAUUGAGGUGGCAUCUUCCCUUGCUGGCACUCCAGCUUCUCAACUAGAUAAUAACAGCUCACCUAUCACUGGACCUGGUUACAUCAUUUUCAUCAUCAGCUUUCGCGAUAGGGAGGAGCGAUGGGCUGCGAGGAUCCCGUUGAACCAGGAUGAUUCCUUUUUAGAGAUCUGCAUUAGACCAAUCCAACUGGCCCGCAAGUCUCCCAACGUGCCUGCUCCUCGUAUACACGGGUAUUCGGACUGCGGCUCACGCGGCUGCAACCCUGUCGGAGUUGGUUACAUGUUACUAGAUUGGAUUGAAGGGUCUCCCAUGAUGCCAUGGGAUCAGUCCACUCCGGCAGCGCCAUAUCGGCAGAAAGUCCUAGACCAGAUCGCCGACCUGAUACUCAACAUGGUUCUUGAGUGUCCGCUGGAUACUGAAACCCUAUUUUAUGGGGUACCCAACGGGACUCCCAAGGGUACACAGGUAUCAACCAGCGUCUGGCUCACUGAGAGCGUGGACAGAGGGAUACGUCGUACGCUGCGCCGCCAAGAUUAUUCCACCGCAAUCGACUAUCUGAUUCAACGAUCGAUGAUUCCCCAAUAUGUUGUCGCCCAGCACGAAAAUAGCCCCUGGGUGUUUGUCCACGUCGAUCUCCACAAUGACAACAUCAUCAUUGACGAGGAAUAUAACCUCAAAGGUAGUAUCAUUGACUGGGAUUGCAACUUUGCUGUACCCCUGCAGAAGGCUGCAACCUUUCCAAAACUACUCGAAAAUGUGCCUGGUGCCGCGCCUCCAGGAUUACCAGAGACGCACGCAUAUCUGGACCUCCCAGCGGAUAAGCGCUAUUUCCUAUCCAUUCUCGCCGAAAAAGAAAGGAAGCGAACAAACGGAACGUCAAUCACGCAACUCAUGGAAACCUCCAGUGAACGAAACUUCUUCGAGAUGUCCCACCACCGCGUCCCAGUCCACCGUGAAUUCGUGAGCAGAUUCUGUCCACGUACAAGGGGAAACGUUCGUGCCGCAUUAGAAGAGAUUGAGCGUUUUCUUGACAUAAAUGCGAUGUUUAAGGCUAGCGACGACGCUAUUGUAAGAACUGUGCAGACCCUGGAAGCACUUCUCUAUCAGUGCGAAUAG